GCCGCCGCCGCUUUAUGCCCCGCGAUCGGGCGGCCCAGGAGGGCUGCCUCGCCGGCCCCGGCCAGGAGGGCUCGCCCCGCCGCCACCAUGAGGCUGCGCCCGCCCGGCCUGCCGCGCUGCGCCCCGGCGCUGCUGCUCCUGCUGCUCCAGGUGCGGCUCCAGGUCUCAGAGGCCAUGGGCGUCUUUGAACUGCAGGUCCGCUUGGCCCGGAACGAGAAGGGGGUCCUGGCGGACGGACGAUGCUGCAGGGGUGGGCGGGAGCCGCCGUGCCCCGUGGCCGAGCCUUGCCACACCUUCUUCCGGGUCUGCCUCAAGGAGUACCAGCUGCGGGCACACCCAGGGGGGCCUUGCGUGCUGGGGGCUGCCACCACCCCUGUUUUGGGGGGCAACCUCUUCUCGGCCCUCCUGCAGAAGCCCUCGGACCGGGCUGGGACGGUGCUGAUCCCUUUCGACUUUGCCUGGCCGCGCUCGUACUCGCUGGUUCUGGAGGCCUGGGAUGCUGCCAAUGCCAGUGACGUCACCAGCCCAGGCUCAGGGCAGCUGAUUGAGCAGGUGAGCCGUUCGGGCAUGGUGAACCCAGGUGAAGGCUGGCAGGAUUUACGGCAUCCUGGGCGCAGCGCCCUGCUGGAGUACCGGCUGCGAGUGCACUGCCAUGAGCACUACUACGGGCCCUCGUGCAAUCUGCUCUGCAGGCCCCGUGACGAUUUCUUCGGGCACCAUAGCUGCGACGCGGCCGGGAACAAGGUCUGUCUCGACGGCUGGACGGGGAACAAGUGCCAGCGGGCGGUUUGUCGCCAGGGGUGCCACAAAACGCACGGGUUUUGCGAGGAACCUGGCGAGUGCAGGUGCCAUUACGGCUGGACGGGCCCCCACUGCAACCAAUGCCUUCUCUUUCCCGGCUGCGUCCACGGAAGCUGCACCCUGCCCUGGAAGUGCGAUUGCGAGACCAACUGGGGUGGCCUUUUGUGCAACAAGGAUCUGAAUUAUUGUGGAUCACACCGUCCGUGCCAGAACGGGGGCACUUGUGCCAACAAGGAACCGGAUGAAUACGAAUGCCUCUGCCCGGAAGGAUUUAGUGGGCGCAACUGCGAGUUCGAUGUGAACGAAUGCCAGAGAAAACCGUGCCUUCACGCUCGGGCGUGUAAAAACGUCGUUGGGAGCUAUGUUUGUGACUGCUUGCGAGGCUGGAUGGGCGCAAACUGCAGCAUCAGAAUGAAUUUGUGCCCAGAGAGAUGCCAAAACGGAGGCACCUGUAAGAUGGAGGGCGGCAGGCAGACCUGCUCGUGCCAGCCAGGCUACACCGGUGCCGAAUGUGAGACCGAACAUGGCUCCUGCCAAGAGGCCCCGUGCCUGCACGGUGGGCAGUGCCAGCAGGCAGAAAACCAGACCUUCUUUUGCAGAUGCCCGCCGGGCUUUGGUGGGAGGUGGUGCCAGGUCUCUGCCAAUCUCUGCUCUCCGAAUCCUUGCCCCAAAGGUGCCAUCUGCCAAGAUGGAGGAGGAAGCUACACGUGCGUGUGCCCUGAAGAUGCCACGUGUCAGAUCCUGCAAGAGCCCUGCUUGGGGGAGGGGUGCAAAGGACAGACCAAUGCUGCCCUCUUCUCUGCUGUCCUUCCCCCGGUUCUCCUCCUUGCCGGGGUGGUCCCCGUCUUGGUGCUGCUGCUGCUGCUUUGCAUUCAACGCCGGUCUCUGCCGAGAGUCCCCGGUGCAACGGAGCCCCCCGCCAACAACAGCCUGCGGCCGGACGCCAUCCAUCUCAUCCGCAACCUCACCCAGGGGGAGGCCGAGCGAGGGCUGGGGGCGGGCGGUGGCCCGACCAAGGUGGCAGGGCUGCCCGACGGUGCGCCUCCUUCUGCCAGCUCCCCCAAGGUGGACAUCUCCAACCAAGAGAGGGCCGAACUCAACCGGUUGAACAUCGGCCCGGUUUUAGCAAGGCCCCCACUCUGACAAGAAGGGGACUGCGGAGAAGUGUGAAAUAUUGGAGGCACUUCUCCUGCGGACAGGGGUGGUCCUGGGCCUCAUUUGCCUUAUGUUCCCCUCCGAAAGCGGCCAUCUGCAAGACUUCCUGUGUCCCCAGGCAGAUGUUCCACUGGUCUAGCUGCCGGGCUGUUUGCAGGAGGGAAAGACCCGAAGGGUGAGGGAGGGUCUCUGGGGUCCCUUACGGCUGCUCAGACGAUAGGACGUUCCCCAAAGAAGCUGCGUUUGGCAAGUGCAAAUAAUCGCCUCAUUUCUGGAAAUAAUUUGAACUGGCACAUCUGGCCAUCGAUGGACUACGUCUGGCAAGCGAUUAUACCCCCCCUCCCCAAAUGGGAUAAAAAGGCGUGGGGCACUGCCCCAUGCCCCUUGACCACCCCUCACUUAAGAUCCGUGGCUUCCCACCCCCGGCGGCAACCUCGGGCUGCGAUUUGAAGGGGCUGGGGAGGAUGGGGCGUUGUAGUCCAAUUUAGCGAGAGGGUGCCUGGAAGGGGUGUGGGGGAGACACCCCCCUUUUUUUGCAAAAAGAAACCUCUUGGGUAGACGGAAUGUGAUUUGCACUGUAAUAUACUGUAAUAUUCUGUGUUUUUUUUGCCCUUGGUGUUUUGAGUCAAACGUCCCGUGUUUGGGGUGAGACGAAAGGAUCACGAGGGAAUACUUCACGGCUGCCGUUUUGGGCCCCACCGCAAGUUUUGGGUGUCGCAUGAGGCAUCGGCAAAGAACCGGGUGGGCAUCACAAUUUUGAACUGGGUAGUGGAUUACAAUCGGCACUGAAAAAAGCAAUUUAGGGUCCUUUUUCAUACUUAACGACCACUGUCGCAUCCUCACAUCACGGGAUCAGCUGCUUGGCAACUGACUCGUAUUUAUGACAGUUCCAAUGUCCCGGGGGUCACGUGAUCCCCUUUUGUGACCUUCGA